GCUCUUUGUUGUUGGAUAUAGUAGCUAACAAAAAUAUGUUGGUUUGUUAAAAUUGUCUUUGUGACCACAGAAAUGGACUUACCGGCUUCAUAUUACGGCAUAAUUGAUAAAAGAAACCCAGUCAUUUCAGCUUUUGAACGGGACAUUAACUCGUUUAUGACACUGAUGAGACGAGUCGUUUCUUCAAGAAGUCAAGACAACGGCUCUAAUGCUAAAGGGAUUAAAAUCCUGGUGGAGAUAUGGAGAAAGUACAAACAUCGACUGCCCUCAAGGUUGUACCAGGAGCGCAUGUUGCAGAUUGCAGAUUUUCUCUAUGGAAUAAAGUUGUACCAAUUGGCUCUUUGGCAGGGCUACACUCUCCACCUACUGCAAUUCAGCACAGUGAAAAUAACUGACAUCACAGAUGUGGACCACUUCAUGGCCUGCUUCUUCCCUGAAGGUUUUGAUACAGACAAAGAUGCCUUUGCCUUGAAGAUCCGUGCAAUGCAGGGCUCUGCCCUGUGUAUAUUUGAGCUGGAGAAAAGGCACAGCGUCCUCAGCCAGAAGGGACUCUGUAAACUGCUGCGUGUGCUGAACUUCAUCAGGAUAAUGAUGCAGGCUUUUCAGCAACAUGAACACCUCUGCUGGCAAAUAUAUAAUGGUUCAUUACAUAUCUACACCAUCUGUCGUUAUCUGAUGGCCAUGAAUUGUAGUGCACAGGCACUGGAGUACCUUCUGUGGGCAAGCAUCAGUUUUGAGCUCUCCAUUCCACUGAUGACUGCGAAGUAUCUGCCAUGGAUUGUCACACUCUACUGUGCUGUCUGUCACUGUUACUAUGACAACCAGGCUGCAGUGCAGGCGGAGGAAUUUACCAGGAGAGCCCUCGGAAAAAUCAAUGAGCUAGCAGAGCUGGAGGAGCAGAGUGAAGUUCCUGCCACCAGAGAGACUCAGAGAGCUUAUAAAGAGGCGUCUAUCAAGCUGGGUGCCAUGAUGUUCAAGCGGGCAGUGUAUGAGACCAGAAGGAGAACCAAACCCACGUUCAGAGUCAAAGCCAAAAGCACCCUUAAAGACAUGCCUAAUGUGCCAUGGCCCCGUACUGCAACAGAGCGUACGCUAAUGGGACUGUUUGACAACAGUGCAGCACAGUUCUUGGGCAUCUUAGAAGCACUUUGGGACAGCAGCAGACAACCACUGCAAACGAGGAUGCCAGAUGAACCAGAGCUGCAAGAAGUGAUCCUGGAACUCCUGUCUGCUGGCAUCAGUAUAUUAUCUGGAGUAACAACUACUAGUGAGCAAAGGUAUGAUGACCAACCAUACAUGUGUCUUAGUACACUGACAUCGACAUCCACUCUAAUGGAUUCAGCCAUUGCAGGUGAAAACAAAGUACCCAUCAUGUCUGCAGUGAGGUUCAUUAAGCUGCUAUUUCAGUACAAGGAGCCAGAUGCAUUCACUGAACUUGCCAAAGAGAUGCUACAGGUUUUGUCUGGUGUGGAAGGUCAGUCAUUCAGGAAGGCAGAAAUGGAGCUUGCUUUACUCGACAGUUUCAACAAUCUGCUGUGUUCCCAGAGGAGCCGUCCUAAAGAUGACAACGUGAUUGAUGGUAGCAAAAACAGACACAUGUCUUCAUUCUCAAUGAGUGAUGAGUUCAUUUGCCUGGUAGACACCCUGCACAACACAGUUUGUGGCUGCGCUCCUGAGGUACAGCCAGACAGGGAACUGGUUUUGGAAGUUUUUUUAUUUAUCUGGGGUAAAGUGAAGGUGGUGAUGCAAAGGGAUGAGCUGCAAAACCCAGAGUUUACACACUACCUCGAGAAGGUUGAUAAUUACGAUAAGUGGCUGUGGUGUCUAUCUAGGCUGUGUGAGGUGGCCUUUGCCUCUGAUCUGGCAACUGUGGACUGCAUAAUGACAACAGAGAUGAUCUACACAAUGGCCAUACUGCUAGAGAGUGCAGCUGAAAGCAGUAAUCAAACACAAUGUCCAGCAGCUCCUGAAGCAGACAGUGAUGCCGUGAAACCAAGCCCUUUCUCUCUUCUUGAGAGUUCAAGUACAGAGAUGCUUCAGAAGGUGUGUGAGUUGGUGAGGAGAGGUCUUAAAGCAUUGGCAAAGGGCGUAGAUACACAGCUAACCCAAGAUUGCUCAGCAAUCACUGACUCUGCUUUUAUGCAGAAAUUUUGUCCCCUCCCUCCAUCGACUCCUUCACUAUCAGAAGAGGGAAAUGAGAAAGAUGAAAUAAGUAAGAAGGAAAAAGAAGAAGUGGAAACUAAGGCUGAUUCAGAUAUGAAAAGCUCUCAAGACACUCAGUCCACACGUGUGCCUCUGCUGGCCACAGACCUUCAUCUAGAGCUAGACAUCAUCUACCACAGAGCUUCCCUCAAGUUACUGCAGCUUAACGCAGUUGCAGAGUCUGAACUGUUGGAUCGGAUCAAAAAGAACAAGGUGUCCAAAGCUCUUUUUCUGGUCCAGAAAGCCUUACUGGUGUACAACAGCAUGGGACCAAAUAAGAGCAGCAAAACCAAGAGUCUGCUAGAGGAGGCUUCCAUCCUGAUAGAGAAAGCAGGAGUAGAGGAGAGACGACUGCAUAUCUCCACCACUUCUAAGACACCUGCUGAAAAUAAAGACAAAGGACUGAAGGAAGAAGAGGAAAACCCUCCACCUCCCCCCAUCCUACUGUCACGCACUGACCAUUCCUUAACUUUUGCUCCAGCAACGUAUAAUUUGGAGGGACAGGUGUGCUGGUACCAGCUUUGUGGCCGUGCAGCUGAGGGUAUUAACCAGAAAGUCCGCCUUGGAGACUGCAGCCUGCCAGGAACUGGAAAUAUGGUACCAGCAGUAUCUGGUGAGUGUGUACUGAGUGUGGAGGGGCUUGUUCCCAACCAGAAAUAUGUGUUUGCUGUUGCAACCUACAACAGCCAGGGAAAGCUACUUGGAAACACCAUAGGGGCGACAACAUUCCCACUGCUGGCAUCCAUGCCUGUACCACUGCUUUCCACAUGGGCUCACUUGGCUCAGGCAGCAUUUCAAACAGAACAGUAUGCCUUAGCAAAGAGAGCCUGCAGGGAACUGUGGAGCCACUAUACCUUCCCUGACCCUGGGUCCCACAGUACACAGGAUAGACUUGCUACCACAAGGCUGCAUGAACAGACCGUACAAAGCUCCUCUUUUCACCUGUGUCAGUUGUUCCUCACUUCCAUCUUCAUUGAGACAGAGAUCAACAUUCAGCAGGGAUCGCUCUACUGUAACUCAUUCAGUGACAAUGGGCCAUUUAUCUGGGAACAGGAAGCCAGACUGGCAGAAUGUGAGCGAAUGCUGGUGGCUAUGGACUUGGCAAUGUACUUAAAUGAUGGCAUGGCUGCCGUGCAAGCUGUAGUAAGCUGUUAUGGCCUUUUGGCACCUCUAAUCUUUCAUCAGAUCCAAUGCAACCCUGUGGUACAGGUGCUAAAAAAAUGCUUGAUAGUUUUGGAGGAGAAUUCAGGUCUUCUCAAACACAAAUGGACUGGAAACAUCUCAGAGUCAUUUAUGCACAUGAUAGCCUGCAUCACCUACUACUUGUCAAAGACAUUACGUGCGCUGAGGGAGCAUGAGAUGGCUUUUGCAGUUAUGGACUGUGGUCGCAGGCUGCUCCAGGAGGUCUACGAUGCCCAGCGGCAAAUUAUGAGACUUGCCAAUGAGGCUGUGGGUGUAAGGAAGAGUGGAAAAACACAUCAUGCUGCAGUCAAGGGUGAAAUAAGUCUUCAGCUGAAGGCACUGUAUGCGAAGAACAAGAAGAGACUCACAUCCGAAGCAGCGCUAACCGCAGACAAUGAGAUUUUGCGCUCACUGACUGGCAGUGAGGAUCCCACCAUAUUGUAUGAGCUGAUCUCCAGCAGCACAUUAAAGGAUGCCUAUCAAGAUGUGAUGAAGGUUAGACGCAAGGCAUAUUUCACUGAGUAUGCGGCAGUACUACUCCAGAGAACCAUGGAAGAAGGUCACCACAACCUUGUAUUAAAGUGGGGCCAAAGCAUAUUUGAAUUCCUUUCCAGGCGUGACGAGAUGAUGGGACUGUCCACAAAAUGUUUGGAGGGAAAUGGUGAUAGAAAAAGAAGAAAUAGUGUUCAAACUCCGAAAGGAAAUGAACAACCCCAGCAGAACAAGAACACACCUUCUCAUGACGACACAAGAAAGAAAAUAAAGCAGAAAAUGCCACACAGCACUCUUCAGAGAGUGAAAACUAACAGGGAGAUGCAAGUUGUGGAGAACCUGAUAACCAUGAUGUCGUCUGUGGUGCAACGCCACAAGAAGCAGCUUCAGCUGAGGAACAUGUGCUGUGAGGAGAGAGUGUGGAAGUCACAUCUUAACUACGUCAUGGCUCAGGCACAUAUAGCACUGCUUUACCAGGGCCUGGACCAGAUACAUGGAGGAGCCCUGCAGCACAGGUACAGCCAGUUCAAUCCCUUGUGUUUCUCUCUGGCCUAUUCUGGUCUCCUGGUACGGAGGAACUCACAGCGACAGAAGUCUUCUAAAUAUGAGGUUGUCUCGGAGAGAGACUCCUCUCACUCUGGUCAUAGGAAUUACGUGGUUACAGACAAAGACAGGCUCAAAAAGGAGGACGUUAGAGCUGAUGACUCUGUCUCAGAGGAGAGUUGUGAGGAGGGAGAGAACCCCUCACAAUCUGUGGAACAGCAGUUUGAGACACACAGGCACACUGCUGCCAUGCUGUUCGACUCGCUUAACAAAGCUGCUUUACAUCUCAGAAAAGCCAUGGUGUUGGCCCAUCGUGGCAGCCAUUGGACCACUCUGCAGUGUGUGUGUCAGACUGUGUGGGACCAAAGCUGCCGAAUUGCUUUCAUAGUACAAUCAACUGUUCAGUUUGAACCUCACUCCCCCAUGACAGCAGAACAGCUGCACACCACCUUCACUCGGCUCCUGGUGCUGGCUACUGACCUAAUCAUGGAUAUGCUGAACAGACUAGGGUUGUGGAGUUUGUAUGACAGCGACAUGACCGAGGAGGAACUGGAGUCCAGUCUUCACUUCUCGGCCCCUCUGGAUGACAGCACCCAGGUGGACCUGCGCUGGGUUCGGACCUUGGUGUUGCACACUCUGGAGCGGCUCCAUGAUAGUGGCAAAUGGGAAAGCCUGGCCCACUUUGCCUUACUUUUCAACUCAUACACACGGGAACGUUAUGCCUUGAUUACAACUCCUUUACUCAUCCAUGCUGAGAGGAGGCUGCUUGAAAGGAUUAGUAGUUUUGGAGGACCUGCAGUUCCACAGCCACACCAUAUCAAGACACAGAAGGCCACUGGCAAAGAGGUAACUUACAGGAGCUACGCAGGCUGCCAGCUGCUCAGUGGGUGGAUCCCUCACCAUGCACAGCAACCAUCCAUUCACAAAAAAGCAGCACUCACAAACUCCACUCAUCAGCAUGCAGUUGAGCUUAAAGGUGCAGAAAUACAGCGCUCCAUCUCCCUUGUGUGCGUUCCUCUGGAUGUAGAAGACACACUGAGCUGUUACCAACAAGCCCUUGAGAGAAGACCACAUUGUCUUCAAGUCUUCCAGCAUAGUCGCUCAUUACUGUCACUGUUACUGGCAUACACACAGCCCUGCUUUGCAGGACAGUUGCGGCACUGUCAGAGCAGAGGUCUCAGCCAUUCUGCAAGCCUGGUGGAUUUCAGCCCCAUAGUUAUGCCCACUCCAAACAUCCAACCAUGCGACCUGACGGAGGAGGACUACAGUACUCAAAAUGCUCUCUACAGCCUCCCUAUCAGCACCGACCACAUGCCGACUGUCACUGCUGCAUACUCCAACUCCAUUAAGUAUCUCCAGGCCAACAAUCAUGACUCCCUCAGAGUUUUGAUGCUGCAUGAAAUGGGAAACCUACAUUUCUACAACGGUAACACAAGGGCUGCACACUCAUUCUGGAGUAAAGCUGUAGAUUGUGCCUUACAGAGCUCAGGUGCUGUAGAUAAAUGGGAUGGUGUGUUGUAUGAAAGUGGCUCCCUUCAACAAACCCUGAAACAGGCUGGCAUUUGGGGAUGUCUACAGGCUGCUGGGCUCACUGCUAAGAUUGCACAGUAUAUUUUAACGUCUGAUAUCAGACAGCGGACUAAGUAUUGUCUCAUCUCUGCUCACCUGUUUAAGUGUGUGCUGUGCUGCUCCCUGGCUCAACCCCAAGUCGACCUCCAUUACGCCUCCCACAGCAUCAGAGAUGAACUGCUCCCUGGAGUUGACCUUUUCUCUGAACCUCACAGGGUUCACCUUGGUACCACUGUAACCAGCCUUAAUUUCCUCUGCCACUGGCUUUUCACCACAGGAUACUACAUCACGCUACUGCCCAUUCUAGCUCUUUACCUACAUUUUGUGGGGACUGUGUGCAGAGAUGUGCAACGCACUGUUGAGGGCAAAAUACUUAAGAUACGUGCCCUUACUGAACUCUGUCUGUUCACUGAAGCUGCAAAAGAGACAGUUAAGCUCACACAAGGAAUAGGUGUCCUUCUGCCUUAUGGACACUACAUUGCCAAAGACGAUCACCAACCUGUCAAGACAUUCUACAGCAACAAAUCUCUCCUGGACAAUGCUGAGGCUUUGGAAGAACUUAUGAACUGUGACUUUGCUCCAGUGGUCCAAACGUUGUAUGGAUCCACAUUGUGCCUCCGAUUGAACCUGGCUCGCGUUCAACUAGUCCUGGCACUCAGUAACACCGUACAUGGCCCUCCUGUGCCAGAUUCUGUUGAAGGAGAAGCUUCUGCCAGCAUAACAGGUUGUUUGGUGAACUCAAAACACCAUGAACAGGACAGAUCAGAUACUGAGAGCUCCUAUCUAAAGAUGGAAGAGCCAAAGGUGCUGGAUCUUGAUACACAGAAUCUGACUCUAGAAAGGAUUAAGUUCCUUUUGUUGAAAGGAGCGUCCUCCUUGUUGCACUCCAUUUCACAGCAGCUCAUAUCUCAGUGCUUUAGCAAAAUGGAGAACCUGGAACUGACAAUAGAGUCAAAUCUUCUAAAGGCCAACCUCUGCCUGCAGCAAGGACAUACUGCAAUUAGUUCAGAAAUGGCAGUUUCAUCCUUGGUGCUGCUGCAGACGUCACCUGUAAUCAUGAGAGGAUUACCUGUCUCUCAGAAACCUGUGUCUGAGCUCCCACAUCCCAGUACUGGAAGUGAAUGGGGUACAAAAGACCCCCUACAUGGAGACUGUCCCAGAGCAGUUGAGGCAAGUGAGAGAAUUGGAGUUUUUCUGUGGCUGCGUUGCCGCCUGGCUCUGGUCCACAGCCUAGCUGCACACAUCCGUGGCACCGCUGCCCUUUCUCCAGGUAAGAACAUUAAUGAAGAGGCAGCUAAGGUCUUACAGGAGGGCCUUGAUGAAUGUGCGGUAUGGGGAGACCUUGAUAUUCAAGCCCUUUUGAUGGUUGAAGCUGCAGAAUUGGAAGCACAGAGAGGCAAGAGGGAUGACAGCAUGGCAAUGCUACAGGAAGCAGUGAGCCUGCUGUCAGGACGGACAUGCAUACCACCAGGGUCCAGUGUUACUCUGGCUCGAGCCACUUUGCUACUCAGUGACCUUAGAAGAGUACAGAGCACCACACUUCUAAAACUGACACAGAAACUACUGCAAAAGCAGCUGUGUAUUUUUGGUGAGAAUGUGGCAUUGGAUGAUGGAAAAUUGUGUUUUGCUCCUCCUGGACCUAGCAACAUCUACCUCCCUUACCUCAGCAUACUGGAUCAGACCACUUUACGAAUUGGUCAAAUCCAGGAUCUCUGCGCCAUGGAAAUGCCAGUUUCUGCACAGUCUUUAUAAUCUACUUCCAAGCAGCAUUUGCAACUGUCCAGCCAGAUUGAGAGAGACACUCAGGCACCAAUUCCAUCUCUGGGCAACCUCCUGUCCUACAAGCCCCCCAUGUUCAGCCAUCUAAACCGAAUAGAAUGACAGCCAUAAGGUGUUACAGUUAGAACUUGUGGGCAACCUGGUGAAAUGGCACAUUAUGUAAUCAACUUGGUAUUUAAAAACUGAAGUACUGUAUUUGUUAACAGGCUAUUACAAUGGAUAUUUAUAAUAUGAAAUAGAACUUAAAUGCAAAUAAUAACUGGACCUGGAAAUAGUUUGAUAAGCUGAACAAGAAUGCAAAUGUUAUGUCAUGGAUAUUUAAAGUUACUGUAAGUUGAUAUUAUCUAGAAUUGAUAUCGAUGAUGGUUAUGUUGGUCCUGUAUAUAUUCAUGUGAUUUUAUCUUCAUAUUCUUUAUUCUUUAAUCUUACAGUAUGUUUACCUGCAAGCUGGCAGCAUACAGAAACAAAUAGCACUGUAAGAGUUUGUAAUAAACAUUUCUUUAGAUACCUUUUGAAAUGCAGGGCAAACUGGCAGUUGAGCCCAGGCAACUUGUCAGGUUCAGAAUGCUAGUGUCAUUACCAAGUAUGACUGAUGGGUAAAACUUGGGUGGUAUUACAGAUGGAUUGAAUAUUAUACAUUUUUGGCAAAAUGCCUAUUUAAAACCUUAUUACCUCUUUCUAAAUCUGAAGUUUGACAGUUUAGUUUUAAAUGACACAAUGUGACUGUUACUUUCACAUUUUCCUAAUAACUUCAUUGCUUAUGAAAAUAGCAUUAUGGGGAUGAAAAAGGACAAGGGCACUGGCCUAAGGGCCAGAGUCCAGCAUCAUCAUCCCUAAAACAAUCCAGGGCAGAGUGUGCAGAGCAAACCUAGGUACGGCUAACAUUUUAACUGAUUACCAUCAGACAUACAGCUGUAAAAACAUAAAUCCAUAUCAUUUCAACAUAAACAUAAUUUCUGUUAUUACAUCACACUAAAUUCAAAAAUGAGCACGACUGACUGAACAAAAUCCCUCUAGAAUGUGUGACUAAAUGAGAUGGGGUAUUGAGGAGUGAUCUAAUUGAAGUCCAGGGACCUUCAAGUCAAAUGUCCAAUGUUUCUAAGCUUGUGGCCGACAUAUAGUCCAGGUAUCCCUUACAUUAAGCCAGUCCUUACUUUCCAGUGAAUGAGUAUUGUAGUUUUCACAUAGAAACAUGCUACUCCGAUCAGCCAUUGUAUCAUUGGGAAAUUGAUUCCCACUACCUUACUGCCCAGUAUACACGCUGUGGGGCAUUUUGGGAUAUUUUCAUAAGAAAUAGAAAAAAUAUAUACUUAAUUAAGACUGAAUCAUCAAUGUGUAAACAGCAUUGUACUGUUGUAGCUGCUGUUUGAACUAUAUAGUUAGCUAGUUUAGUCCAGUAAUUCCCAACCUAGGGGUAGUUGCCCUCCAAAGGGUCACCAAAUCUCAGUGGUCCUGAGAAGAUAAAUGUGAGAGGACAAAAUUAGAAACAAAGUUCUGAUACGCAAACCUUUAUUCAGGUUUUGGACUUCUCUAAUUGGAAUUUGUAACUACAGCUGUUAUGUAGCUUACUGCAGUAAAACUACAUUUCCCAGUAAAAUGCAGUAGACUAGAAGUAUAAAGUGGCACAAAAUAGAAAUACUAGCAGAGUAUAAGUACAUCAAAAUUGUGCUUGUGCAGUAUUUUGAUUACUUACUGCUGUCCAUGCCACCACUGGUUUAAUGGUAGAAAAUAAAAGGCUGAGGUCACAUACAGAUAUAGCCUGGAACCAAAGAAAUUCUGAAUUGUGGCUUUACUUAUCAUACAUUGGGCUACAUUUAUGAAGCUAAAAUGUGUAGCGUAAGCUUAUUAUCGCUAACAUAUUGUUUCAGGCAACCACAAGCUGAUAGUAUGUCCUCAGUUUCAACUGUGGAAGCAUUCA